AUUUUGAAAUUUGAUACACAGUCACAUGAUUGUCCUUUGCUCAGUCAGCCUAAAUAGUGUAUCUUCAAGCUCCUUUAUACCGUACCCCCUCCCUGGCCGGCCCUCUCUGAGAGAGAUGGAUGAGACUAAGCCACUACUGACGGGUCCCUCUCCUGUCGCCCCAAUAGAGCAGCCACCUCCCUAUGAGGAGCCUGUAGCCCCUGUACCGUACAACGUUGGUCUCAACUCUGGAGUCCCUCAAGUGGGCGGGGCAGUUCAGCCGCCCCCAUACUCUGUGGGGGGUAGUAGUGGGGGGCAGACCAUGUUCGUACAGUGUCGUGUGUGUCAGCACGUCAUUCACGUUGGCUCAGGAUCACAAACACGAGUCGUCAAGUGUGGAAACUGCCGAGAAGCCACACCCAUUGCCCCUCCCCCCAAUGGCAAGAAAUAUGUGAGGUGUCCCUGCAAUUGCCUCCUAACCUGCUCCAACACGGCCUCUAGAGUCGUCUGUCCAAGAGAGAACUGUAAGCGCACCAUUGGAGUGGGAACCAUUGACAUCCGACCAAUCAACACGGACCGAAUGAGAGUGGUGUGUGGACGAUGUCACAAGGCCAUUCUCUGGCCUGCCAAUGCUGCUGUUGCAAGAUGUCCUCACUGUAGAGCCAGGUCCUACCUGAGUAUACCUUGGAUGCGAUACCGAGCAUUUGCAUGCAUAAUCACUGGUAUUAUUCUGCUGAUCGUGGCUACUGCUCUCACAGCUGGGUUUUCUUACUGGGCCAGUAGUAAUGGAGGAAUCUAUGUUCUUUGGGUUGGUCUCUACUUGUCAGGACUAGCUGUUAUCAUUCGAGGUGUUUUCUACUGUUGUAUGACCAGAAGUGAGAUUGAACAUUAACCCUAGCUCCAUCUUUGUGUGGCCUCUCCCAGUAUCUGCUGUAGAGACUGUGUUUGUCAAUUGCAUGUGUUGUAAAAAAAUAUAAUAGAGUUGCUUUAAAUAUAAAAUAGAGUUGCUUUUUUGUGUUUAAAUGUUAUUUUAUUGCUGUAAUUAUAAUUAUUUAAAUUAUAUGAA